UGCAUUUGUCAAUCAUGCAGGCUAUGAUUUUGAAAGCUACGACCGGAAACUAAACGUGCUGUUCUGUGUGUUGACAGUGGUUUCAGUCACAUGGUGCCGCCUUGCUGAUGGAGCCAGAUGAGAGAGGCAGGAGGCGAGCCCCUCCGGUUGCGCGUCAGCAUCCCCUCAAAUAGGAAUCCGCUGCUGUCACUUCUGCUCUGCAUGCUGAGAGAGGGACGACUGUCACCCUGAAACAGCAAUCAAAGCCCCAAAUUCACUGUGAUGUCAAAGAAGAGGAGUAACGGGAGACUGUGAGGAGGCUGGGGCUGUUUUCCCUUUUUUUUGUUGUUGCAAAGAAUGAUAGUGAGGAUCAAGGCGCGCUGUCCCAGGAGAACUCAUCCGAAGAGCUGGCCGUGAGAGACCGGGAUGCUCCUCUAACGCACCGGGGGGCGAGUUUUCCUGAGCAGACGGUCUGUGUGGCGGAGUUUGAGCUCGAGUGGAAGUGAGCGAGAGGGAGUGUGUGUCAUGGAUACCGGGACAAAUUUAGAGGACCAUCCCUACCAAAAUUUGCUGCUCCUGGGAGCCAUAGCAGCAGCAUCUGCCUUUGUGGUCACCAUCCUCAUCGUUCUUGUCUGCGUGGGCUGCCAAAGAAAAAGCAAGAGCAAGCACCCCCCAGCCGGACAGAAAGGGACAUCUGUAAAUAUGCAGGGCACCCUUCGACAUCCUAAACUGAACUCCAUGAGCAAAUCUGACACCAGGCUACAUGAGAUCAAUCGCUUUCCCUGCAAUGGAAGUAACUCUGUUAGUAAGAGCCGUCCAGCCAGUAUGGACCUCCUGCUCCUCCACAGCCGGCGCUCCCAGACGGACCUGAGGCCCUCCCACGGGCGCCAGCUUCCCCAGAUCCCCACCAGUCCCCAGGGAUCUGGUCAGGGGGGAGGGGGGGAAACAGUAGGAGAUGGGGGAGGAGGAGGGGGAGGAGGAGAGGCCAGAGACCACACCUACACUGAGGUAGGCCUGCGGAACAAUCCAACCCCCACCCAUUGCCUGGAUGACGGCCUGUAUGAAAGUGUAGGUGUCCGGGAAUGUGACGCGGGUCCCAAGGUACCGUCUGCUCCACCACCCACAUCAAGCAACACUCCGGUUUCCAUCAGAGCUGCCCACAGCCCCCAAAUUCAGGCCAACGGAGCCCGUAAUGGAAAUGGGCAUGGAAAUGGUGGCAGAGGGAACGGCAGAGGGAAUAGCACCAUUAACGGACCAAUGACAGGAAGAGGUAAUGGGGCGAGUGGGGUCAACAGGUCCCCUGUGCCCUCUGUCAACUCUCUGGCCAUCCAAGAUCCAGCUGUAGCUGAAUAUGCUUCCAUACGGAAAUUCAUAAAGGUUGACAAGACGAACAGGAAGGAAAAUAACGGGGCCGACAGUCAGUCAGACAGCCAAUCGAGCGUGAGUGAUUCACCCUCUACUGCUCCUCCUCCACUACAUCGCAGUCAGGAGUUGCCACGCAAAUCGCUGGAACCAUUUCACCUACACUCCUUCCCAAAGGAGGCGGUGUUCAUGGGCAACGGGGAACAGUACAUCUGGAAGCCACCAGAGGAGGAUGACAUCAUCACCUUGCACCCACCUCCACACCGCAUAGAGAAUGGACAGGGGCACCCAUCGCCCCCAUCUGCAAAGGAGAUCGCAGACACCUAUUCCAUCGUAUGUAAAUCCCAGAAGAAGAAACCCCCUAUGGAAAACAACGGCGCAAAGACCCUCCCACGCUCCUUUGGUGGGGAUAGAGGAACCCGGGGCAGAGGCCGAGGGGUCCAGGCCCAGGCGCGUUCCCAGGAGGAACCCUGCUAUGAGCCGGUGGGAGACAGGUCCUGGCCCACAUGCGCAGUGGCUGAAUCCGACCCUGCGUACGCUACUAUUGACACCCACCGGAAACGUGAGCAGGCAGGAACCAAUAAUAGCACAGCUGGGGGUAAUGCCACUCUGAAGAGGAAGAAGCAGCCGCAGCAGCAGCAGGCACCACCAGCUGUUCCUCAGGGCUCAGGACCCACUGCCCCACCUGUUAGAGGCCUGCCUGGUGGGGAAAACUUCUAUGAGACCAUCAGCGAUGUGAAACAAGGGGGCAACAGCUCCAGCACCACCACCAUCUUCACCUUUAAUGAUGGGAUGGAGAUGUACGUCACUGGCCUGUAG